CAGAAAAUACUAUUCAACAGUUUUCAGUACAAUGGAUGACUUUGUCUUUAGUAAACAUUGAGCUUUAUGCACUCAGCAGGUCAACAAACAAGCUAGGGCUUAAGUUCAGGUGGGACCGGUUUAAAUUAGGCCUUACAAUAGAGACAACUGUUUCCUUGGCUCAGCAAAUCCAGCAACCCCUUCCUCCUGCAUGUUAAUAAGCUCCAAACCAACCCAGGGGCCCAGGAACCCCAACCAGGCCGGGCCAGUCCAGGAUCCCAGCCCAAAUGUAUCCCUCCACAAGCCAUCUUUUAUACUACUAAUGGAAAGGCUUCAAAACACACCUGGUGUGAGCUUCGCUGUCUGCAGCUAGUGACAAGGGGGAGCAACAAACCACCUUCUUGGGUUGCAGGAGCACGGUGGAGGAGAGGGUCUGAGGCUGAUUACUCCCCCCAUUGGUCUUUGAGGAGGGGGGAGGAAGAGGAGGAGCAAGAGGGAGCUGCUAUAACCACCCAGAGCAUGGGGCAAAAAGUCCCAGGUGGUAUUAAAACCAUUGAUAUGCGGGAUCCGGCAUUCAGCCCCCUGAAGCUGGAGCUACAGGCCCUGAGUCACACCAAGCCGUCUCGACUGGAUCUGCUGCUGGACAUGCCACCUGCCAGCGUGGAUGUCCAGGUCCAGAACUCAUGGAACAACGAUGACCGCUCCCUUAACAUCUUUGUCAAGGACGACAACAAGCUGGUGUUUCACAGGCACCCUGUGGCGCAGAGCACGGACGCCAUCCGGGGCCAUGUUGGCUAUACAAGGGGACUGCAUGUGUGGGAGAUCAGCUGGGCUAUGCGUCAGAGGGGCACACACGCUGUGGUCGGAGUGGCGACAAGUGACGCCCCGCUGCACUCGGUGGGCUACACAGCUUUGGUAGGAAGCAACGCCGAGUCCUGGGGCUGGGACCUGUGCAGGAGUAAACUCUACCACGAUGGCAAGAAUCACCCAGGAAAAACCUACCCGGCCUUCCUCGAGCCAGACGACACCUUCAUAAUACCAGACUCCCUUUUAGUAGUCUUGGACAUGGAUGAGGGGACUCUGGGUUACAUAGUAGAUGGACAUUAUCUAGGGGUGGCAUUCAGAGGACUUAAGGGCAGGAAGCUGUACCCAGUGGUGAGCGCCGUGUGGGGACACUGUGAAAUAAGAAUCCGGUACAUAAAUGGACUUGAUCCUGAACCCCUCUCUCUGAUGGACCUGUGUCGGCGUUCGGUGAGGGUGGCAUUAGGAAGAGACCGCCUGGGUGAAAUCCAUAGACUGCCACUGCCGGCCUCUCUCAAGAACUACCUGCUCUACCAAUGACGGCGCUGAUGGUGACAGCACACUCAGCACACCUUCGUCUCUUUCUCAUGUUUCUCUGGGAUCCUUGAGUUGAACCCGUUUGACAACAUUGCUCAAGCCUCCAGUACUGACUCAGCCAUCAAGUAUGCUUCUGUGUCAGUAGCUGGACACCUUUUUUGAGUUUCUUAUCCUGUUUUUAUGACUCUUUGCAAUUGUAUUCUCUAACUUUAUAAAAUCAGGAAUCACUGAGCACUAUGCACAUGCUGAUCCAGGUGAUGCCCUGACAGUCACCAUGUUGGUGUACCUCCUCCAGUUUGUAGGUUAAUGUGGCAUAUGUGGUCGGUUUCUCUGCUGUGACCUGCAGACUUUAUGAUAAUGAAUUUAUAUCUUGUAGCCUUUUAAAUUGAUGUGUUAUUGGUUGUGCUAAAACUAAAUUGUGUGAUGGAAUUUAAACUUUGAGUUGGUGCAGAAAUACACUGCUAGCCUCUGACCACAAGGUGGCAGCACACACACAUCAACCUGUACAUCCUCUCAAAUUGAGAAUUAUAACAUGAAAUCCUAGUUGCUUUUAGAAUUUUUUUUUUUUUUUUUUUUUUUUUAAAUGGAUACUAAAUAAAAUUGUGGUUCACACAACACAGAAGAGGUGCUGACCACUCCAUAGAGAGUCUGUAGUGCAGUGUGAAGGAAUGCACUGUUGGGCAGCUGAAGAGCAGCUCCGACCAUUCACUGCAUUAUCAGGUUUCUCUGCGAUAUGGAAGUUUACCCCAUUGCUUACCAUCAAGGCAUCCGUCAGGAACAACAUCAGCAGGAAUUUUAACGGAAGGAUAAUGUCACUGUGAUUAUUUGUAGCAUGCAUCUGCAGGAAAUCUUUAUCAAUACAAUCACGUCUUUUUUUAAAAAAAAAAAAAAAAAUUCUGUCACUCCUGCUUUUUGUAGUGCAGUAGAUUUCAACCACAUGCUGUCAGGGGCCAAGAGUGCUGUGUUUUUUUGUUUUGUUUUUUUUUUUAAUUAUUCAACCAGUCUCCAUCAGCUGAUUUCACUGGUUUGCACAUUCAGCCAGAAAAUGGAAACUAACCAAUGACAUAUCCACUUAAGUGGUUCUUUGCAAUGAAAACCGCUGCUACUCUUGGGUCUCACUGGCACAUAGCUGAGAACCAUUGAUGUAGUGUUUGUUGACAUGUAAAGGGGGAAGCAAAGGGGUUGGGGAAACAGACUUAUGUUGGUGAACGGCGUUGUGCCUGAAUCAGCAAACUUUAGAUUUAAUGCACCAUAACGACAAGACAAUCCACAAAGUGCUGCACAAAUGUAAUAGAAAAUCGGAUUGCCAACAUAUUAAAUGUCUGUUGACUAGUACUUUUUAAUGUGCAGAUGUGCUCCUUAUUCAGUGCUCAGCUGGAUGUGGACAUACUGUGUCACACCUUAUUUUCCUUGCUUGCAGCUUCCAUUUUAUUUGUAUUCCAUGUUGUAGAUUUGUUUGUAAGUAUCUAUUAAAGUUUAUUUCAAAGUG